GUGUUGUGUGUGUAGUGUGUGUGUCACUGAUAUGGUAAUACACUAUUCCGUUGCUGUAUUGUACAUAAUAGUUUUCAGAACUCCAGCGGUAAUCAGUGGUGAACAGAAACCGUAGUAACUGGUUGUCGAGACAGUGAGCUCCAGGAUUUUCAUAAACAUACAAGUGAGCACUGUCGCUAAGAAAAAGAGACUUGAUAUUGAAGGAGGAAUCUCUUGCUGGUCGUAGUUUUACACUUCUGUCUCCCGGGAAAGAACAUCCAGAAGAACUAUGGAUGGGAUAACCAAAGCUAACGAACAUGUCAAGCGGCCUAUGAACGCCUUCAUGGUCUGGUCAAGAGGACAGCGCCGUAAGAUGGCCCAGGAGAACCCCAAGAUGCACAAUUCCGAGAUCAGCAAACGUCUCGGAGCCGACUGGAAGUUACUUUCCGAGGAGCAGAAACGACCGUUCAUCGACGAGGCCAAACGGCUAAGAGCCCUCCACAUGAAGGAGCACCCGGACUACAAAUACCGCCCACGACGCAAGCCCAAAAACAUGAUGAAGAAGGACCGGUAUGCCUUUCCAAUCCCUUGUAUACCCACAACAAGUUCCUACGGACCAGUUACAACAUCAGCUAGUGAUAUAACAGCCGAGAAGAUGAGACAGUACCUACCAUCCGCCAUGUCCGCCCACCCCUACUCAAUCCUCGAUCACCACAGCUCCAAACUCGACUCUUCACCGGCUAUGCGAGCCGCUGAGAUGGCCGCUGCAGCCGGGGCGCUAUACCCCUCGCACCUGUCGCCGUACCUGUACCCACCAACACUACCAGGGAGUGCGUUCGGAAAGAUCCCUCCAGGCGCAACCAGUCCAAUCCCUCCACAUGCUCACAGUGUACACAACCAAUCUCAGUACAUGAUGCCAUACGGAUGGCCAGGGAGUCCUGAUAUCCAACGACCGGUUGCGUACAUCUUAGUCAAACCGGACAUGGAGCCCCAUUACGGGGUGCCCCAUCCAGCGAUUCGACCCACCGUACCCGUACCAACAAGACCCACCGCUGCAAUAUAAGACGAACUGCUGUCUUAAACAAAACUCUGUACAGCCUUUUAAAACUAAGACUUCUACGAUGGCUUUCUGCUGAACUAAAGACAGUACGAAAUGACGAGCUAGCUUCAUUGCUAGUGAUGUACUAUUAAUAAACACAGUACCUUUCAUGAGUUUAUUUCUCUGCGAACAAAGUUUGACAAGGGGAGAACAAAUUGUGUUUGUAUAUAAUCUCUAACUAGAUUGAAUCCCCUAUGUAUAUUAUACUUUUUUCGGCAGGUGUUUAAAAUAAACUGUUUUAACACAGGGCUACUUUGGCUCUUUGCAAAAUUCCUCAUUCAUGUUAUUGUGAUUGUAAAAGGUUUUAGCACAAAAUAAUACUACACAGUGUUUAAAUUAGAGUGUGAUGAUUUUGACAAUGAUAAAGCAACUAUAACUUUUGUACAAUUAUUAUUUUCAAAUCCUAUACUUGGGAAAAACAGGAUGUUAUCUGAUUGAAAUUUAAUCCACUGUUUAUUUGUUUUGUAUGCAAUUUAUUUCCAUGUUUAUUUUACAAGUUAGCCUGUCAUAGCACAAACAGUGUGUAAGAUGCUCGAAAGAACUCAUUUGUUUCAUUUAAUACUUUGCUCUGAAAUACCAAUACAUUAAAAAAAUUGCAUACAAAACUAAAACUGGUUUAGAUGAACACGAAACUUGUUAAAAACAAACAAUUAUUUGUCUCAAAUGAGCAAUAUUAGCAAGUUUUAAGAUGUAUAUUUUUAACCAGGGUGGAAGUAUUCUCCUUUCUGGACUAAACAUUUUUCUCUACCUGGUAGAGGGUAAAAACAAAGUACUAAAUUACUCGAAAAUUAUUCAGUUCUACUUUCUGUUUGUGGAAUUUAAAUUAUGCAGUGUUUGAGCUAGCACAGUUGGGUUGUGUCCAAAAGAAUGUUUACUAAGUUUUGUAACAAAUUCAAAAUUGUUCUUGGAUGAGGAAAGUCAACUUUGAUCUGGAAACAUGGGAACAAAUUUAAUCUACCAAUAACAUUUUCAACAAUUUGAUGUUGGUUCUGUAUUGUGGAAAGAAGAUUUGAAAAGGGCAAAGACGCAUAAUUUUGUUAUAAGAUUUUAUAAAAUGUUGGUGAAUUUCUUUAUUUUGAAUGCAGUUUGUUAAACCAGGCCUGGUCACAUACAUUUUACUUGCAUAAUGAUACUUCUUGAUAAAUUCAUGACAUGUUUGAACAGUUCUAAUUCACAAACCCCUUUUGGGGAGCUGUCGUUUUGCUGACACAACAAAUAUAUUGAAAUCUCUUGAUGUUUAAGUUUGGAAAUUUAACAAAGUUGGACCUGUUGUAAUUAAAGGUCAUUUUAAAGACUGUUUAAAGACUUCCUCGGUAUUUCUGAGGUCAUUUAAAUUCGUUAAACACUCCUACCUUCACUCACCAAAUGGACUGCUCAAAAUAUUACUAUUCUGAGCUAAAUUUACUCAUUUAUAUAUCUUAUUCUGUUUUUAUAUAGCAUUUCUUGUAUAAGUUCACACAGACAAUCUCAGAAUUUUGAAACAGAACUAAGAUUCUUCUUGGCAUAUAGAGAACCUUCGCUCUAUUUAACCCUACAAUUUCAAAUUCUCUAGAAACUUAUUUAGUUGUUUGUGGUUUGACAUGUUUAACUUUUGUUGGACAAGCUUACAGGUGUGUACUGUUUACACUUAAAAGUGACAAUUCUUAUUAGAAAUAAGGUAACCAAAUACGCAAUAUCAGUAAGAGAUUUGUUUUUCUUGAAUUUAAAUUUUUGUUUCAGUUAUUAUUUUUUGACAGAGUUUUUUCUUUCCAGUUGUGAAAUUUGGUGGCCCAAAAACACUCUUUAAAAAUUCAUAGUUUGUGGUGUGGGACUAGUUUUGGUGUAUAAUGUUAUCUAGCUUUAUUUUUACAGUCCAAAAUGUUACCAAGUAAACACAUGUUUUUUGAAGUUCAACAACAAAACCAACUUCUCAUUUCAUUCUUUUUGGAAGAAGGGUCCUGUUUAGAAUUGACUGUUUGGUGUUUACUAUCUGUAAUUAAUGUACAUUUUUUGUUACCAAUGUUGAAAAUGUUAAAACUGCCUGUGCAGUGGUUAACGAUUUAUGAGAAAUAUAACACGAAAGAAGCUAAA